AUUUAUUUCAAAAUGCUACAUCUUGAUAUAGAAGUGCAGACAAUCCAAUUUUUCAUAGGCUCAACAUUUGAUUCCUGUUCUAUUAAAUUAAGUGAUGGUAUUUAUAAACAUUCAUUCUUAGCAUUCUCUACUUCAGUCUUAUAGUCAAAAUUAAGAUGCAAAUGCAAAGAUAUUUAAGAAAUUUGGGAAAAAAUUGAAUUAAAUGUUUAAUAUGUUGAGAAAAGCAAUGUAUUCGAUUAUUUGCAUAUUAAUAUAGUUGAAAUUUUAUUUUUAUGAUGGGCAAACCAUUUUUGGAGAAGCAACAAUUAAUUUAGAAUUUUAUAUUGGAAACAAUCUUCCACUCAUAAUUGAUAAUAUUACUAUAUAGAAUAAAUUUGAUUAAGAAGCUUAAGUUUAAAUUAGUUUAGCAUGGAAUUAGAUAGAUUAAUUAUCAUCUAAAUAAUUACGAUAAGUAAGUCCUUUGAGAGACUAACCCAUACCUACUCCACUUCCUUAGAAACCUGUUGGUUAGUAGAAAAAAUAAGUAGAUGAAAAGCGAAUUGUACAUGCUACCUAUGCAUAAUGGAAAGAUCAUCAAGAAUCUGUUAAAGAAUAAUAUGUUAAGAAAUUAAAGGAACCAAUUAAAAAAGGAUAAAUGGAGGAUGAAAAAUUUGAGGAAAUUCGUAGACCUGAACAAAGAAUUAUGAGUCCUCGUAGAUUUCAAACUCCAAAAGAUUAUAAACCAAUUAAUAAAUAAUUGAUAUAAAAAUCAACUGGAGGAUUUGAAAAUCUAAAAUUGUAAAAUAACAAUCAAUUAGAUUUUAAAUAAAUCAAUAAAGAAUUACAAAAUAAUUCAAAUAAUAGAGCUCCAUCUAAAAGUCCUAAUCGUUAUGAUUCAAGAACUAAAACUAGAAAUGAAAUACAAGCUAUUACUUCACCCAUUGAAUAAAGUGAAAUUCUUAAAGGAUCAACAAAACCUAAAGCAUAAUCUAAAAAAGGAGAAUAUUAAGAUAAUAUUGGUACAAGACCAACUUAAUUGGAAGGAGGUUUGACAAUGUCUACAAAAUAACUUGAUGUAGAUAUAGAUAAUAAUCAAUGCAAAUAAUAAUUGACUUAGUUAUAAUAAGAAAAUACUUAAUUAAAGAAUUAAGUUUCAAAAUUAACUACUGAAAAUUAAGGUUUGAAAGAUUAAUAAAUUAAAAGUGAAGCUGCUUUUAAUUUAUUAUCAGAAACUUAUAGUAAUCUAAGAAAUGAGUAUUAAAGGAUUUAAGUUAAAAGUUUUAAUAAUAGUUCAAGCCAUUCUUUAUUAAUUAAUAAAGAGACAGAUCAUUUAAAAAGAGAAUUGGAUUAAAAAGCUAAAGAAAUUGAAUUCUAUAAAAAAGAGGCUGAAUUAUGGAAAAAAGAUUUGGAUGUAACCAAAAGAGAAAAUGUUUAAAUUAAAAGAGAAGCAGAAUAAUAUAAGAAAGAAUUAGAAAAUAAAUCACAAGAUUUAGAAAGUUAAAGAAGAGAAAUUGAUAAUAAAAAUAGAGAAUUAGAUAAUUUAGAGAAAGAAUUAUAAAGAGCCUAAUAAGCUAUUUAAUUGAUUUAGAAUGAUAGUUUUAGAAAUGCUUCCUAAUUAUCUGGUAACAAUAACAAUUAAGAAAUAUUGGAAUAAAUGAAAAAUUUAAUAAAAACAAAAUAAAUUGAAGUAGAUAGUAAAAAUGAAGAAAUUAAAUAAAACAAGAUAAAAAUAGCAUAUUUAGAAAAAGAAUUAUAUGAAAAAGGUAGACGUUCUUAGGAUUAGAGUGAUCAUAUAAAAAAUGUAAAUUAGUAAUUGGAAUAGGAGAAUGAGAAAUUGAAAUAGUCAUUGUAAGAAAAGAAUACUGAGUUAAAAUCUAAGUACAUUAUAAAUUAUAUAUAAAAUAGAACUCAAGAAAUAGAAAGAUUAAUCACAUAGAAUAAUGUAAUUCUGUAAUAACCUGAUAUUUAGAAUAUAGAUUCAGGUAAAUUAUUAAAUGAGUAUACAAUUUAAAUUGCUACUUUAAAAUAGGAGAAUCAAAGUUUAAGUAAUAUUUUUAAAUUAAAUAAAAAUUAGUCAUCCAAAAUAAAAAAGAUUAAGUUAAACUUGAUAGUUUACAAGAUGAAGUUGAAAUAAGCAAGGUAACCACAUAAUAUAUAAUAAUUGACAGAAAAUUGUUGUACUUAGUGAAUAGCGCCAACAAUCUCUUGAACAUGAAAUUCUAUAAUUAGAAAAAGCUGUCCUUGGAGGAAAAUAAAAUAUGGCAGAUGUGAUUAAUGCUGUAAUGGAAUGUGGUGGUACUCAGUUAGCUGAGGAGAUAGAGAGAUUCUUGAUUACUAGAAGAAGUACCAAAAUAGGUUGA